GUACAGCAUGUUCCGGUAGAUAGACGGGUGUGUGUGAGCAGUUCGGCUCAGUCUCUCCGUUGUUACCGGACAGUGAUCAUCACCACCAUCAUCAUCAUCAUGUCUCCUGACCCGUGCUCCUUCUCCUCCGUCACCAGGUGCGUCACCAAACACCUGAACCUGUCCCUGCACCUGGACUUCGACAGGCACGUAAUCCGGGCCAAGGUGGCGCUCACCGUGGAGGCUCUGGAGGACCGAUUCUCUGCUCUGACUUUGGACACCAGAGACCUUCAGAUCGUCUCAGUGAGCGCCAACGGACAGGCGGCCUCAUUUACUCUGGGCCCUAAACACAGCUUCAAGGGGACGCCGCUGGACAUCACGCUGCCCUUUGACCUGUCCAGGGGGCAGCAUGUGAUCGUGGAGGUGACCUAUGAGACGUCGCCAUCUGCGACGGCUCUGCAGUGGCUCACACCUGCACAGACUGCUGGGAAAAAACAUCCGUACCUGUUCAGCCAGUGUCAGGCUCAUCACUGCAGGAGUAUGGUUCCCUGCCAGGACACACCAUCUGUCAAACACACCUACUACGCUCAGGUUUCUGUCCCCAAAGACCUGGUGGCUGUGAUGAGCGCAGUGAGAGACGGACAGGAAGUUGAUCCUCAGGACAACAACCGCAUCAUCUACAGGUUCAGACAGCCGGUGCCCAUGCCUUCUUACCUGAUCGCCAUUGUGGUCGGAGCUCUGGAGAGCAGGGAGAUCGGACCGAGGUCCAGAGUUUGGUCUGAGAAAGAGUUUGUGGACAAAGCAGCGUUUGAAUUCUCAGAGGUGAGUCACAACAAACUGUCAGAAAAGCAUCUCAUCAAGACGUUAUGGUAAAGACUGUCGUAAAAAGUCGUAGUAUAUU